CUUCACAGUCAAGUGAAAUGCAAUUCAUUAGACGAUUGCUGUUAAGACACAAUCCAGUGAUGAAUGCGUUGAAGACUAUGAGUGACACAGAGAUACCAUUAGUAGUGAUCAUCGGAGCGACGGGUUGUGCGAAGACUAAGCUGUCGGUUGAGAUGUCGGAGAAGUUGGCGCUCAAGACGGAGAUAAUUAGUGCCGACUCUAUGCAAGUCUACAGAGGACUCGAUGUCAUCACCAAUAAGGCCACCGCUGAUGACAGACAACGCAUUCCUCACCAUUUGAUUGACUUCUUGGACCCUUUGAGUCGCUUCUCUGUCGUUGACUUCAGAAACAGAGCCCUAAAAGUGAUCAAUGAUCUCAUGUCCAGAGGAAUUGUUCCGAUUCUUGUCGGAGGAACUAAUUAUUACAUCGAAUCCAUUGUUUGGGAGGUUUUGGUCGACUCUAACGAAGAGAUUGACGAAUCAGUUCUGGUCUUCGAUGGAGAGAAAGAGUGCGAAGAAUGUCGUGAAUUGAGUGAAGAAGAGGUGACGACAGAGAAGAUAAUGUCUGAACCGAUAUAUUCCGAGAGUUUUAAACACAUAUCGAAUGCAAGACUUCACAGAAUUCUGGAGGAAUUGGAUCCGAAGAGUGCGCUUAAGAUUCAUCCGAACGACAGACGAAAAGUGAUCCGAAGUUUACAGAUCUGUCAGCAGAAGAAGAGAACCAAAAGUGAGAUAAUUUGUGAACAAAAGUCAGCGAAAGGCGGCUCACAAUUAGGCGGUCCUCUGAGGUUCAAGAAUUCGGUGAUUCUUUGGGUCGAUUGCGACAAAAAUGUUUUGAACCAAAGAUUAGACCAAAGAGUGGACGAAAUGAUGGAAAGAGGACUCGUCGGCGAACUCUUAGACUUUCACUACAACUAUAAUAAGCAAAGAAUUUCACAGAAUUUAUCCGCCGAUUACUCGAAAGGAAUCUUUCAAUCGAUUGGUUUCAAAGAGUUUCACAAAUACUUACUUCUGACUGAAGAACAGAGGAAAACGAAUCCCUUUUCUGAGCAAAUGCUGAGAGAAUCCGUGGAUUCGUUGAAAUUAGUGACAAAACGUUAUGUCAAACACCAGUUAAAAUGGAUUCGAAACCGAUUCCUAAGACUCAAUGACCGAGAAGUUCCCGAUAUUUACCGAUUGGACACAACAUCACCCGAACUCUGGACUCGAGAGGUGUUGGAGCCGUCGGUAGCAAUAGUGAGCGCAUAUCUCAACAAAAGUGAAGUUCCGUCUCAUAUAAGACCCGUUCCUAAGAUAGAUUUGGAUGAAAAUCAUUCAAAACUCUUUGAAUGCAAUGACAUGAAUAUCACGUGA